GUUUUCUAUGCUCUCUAUAACCACCGUAUCGCUGUCACUCUACAGAGUGAUCACAUUUGUCCAAUCACACGAAAAUGAACCAAUAGACAAUCACACACCUGAAGAUGUGUCCAGAAUCGCUCAAAGUCUAUACAUUACGCACGCGUACCUCCUGUUGGUGUACUUGUAUUACUUCAUUAUAAGUUUGCUCCUCAUUAUUGGAAUUCAUAUGAAUAAGCCAAUCUUUAUGAAAACCUACUUCAACAGUGGAUUGUUUUUGCUCAUACUAGCAUUGGCUACUGUGGUCGUUUCUACUGUAUUUCUACACUUUGGUGCAACAAUCACUCUACUCAUGUGGUGUGUGAUUAUAUUCUACUGUCUCCUUGUGGUACGCAGCGCUUUCAUAGAAAUGGAAGAACAAAACAAACCAAGAGACUUUGAAAUGCAAAAUCUCUACAUUACCCACCGAGCACCUCUAUUAUUGUAAUAAAAUUAUUAAUUAACACUUCUCUUACAAAGAAUGCAUUUACUUUUAUUAAUUAAAAAAACAAUUAUUAUAUUAUGUAGUUUUAUUAUUGAAAUCCUUUUUAGUAUUCCGUAUU